AUGACUGGUUGGAUCCCUGAUAAUAUUUCUCCCAAUUGUAGCCUAAAGACUUUAGAUGUGAGUCACAACAAUUUGCUUGCGGUUGCUUGUGUUGCGCUCGAACAGAUUCCACGGGAGAUCACAUGUCAAAAGAGUUGGCCAAGUCUUCAAAUCAUUGACAUAGCUUCCAAUAAUUUCAAUGGCAAUCUAUAUCCUUUCAACUUCACAAAUUGGAGAGGAAUGGUGUUGGAUCGUGAUGCAGAGUUGGACCGUAUCAACUUAGGUUUCAUGGCUUCGUACAUGGGAUUCUACAAAGGGAACGAGGUGACAUUAACCAUUAAAGGGCUAGAGCUCGAGCUUGUCAAGAUUUGGCCAGAGUUUAUCUCUAUUGACUUCUCUUGCAAUAAUUUUCAUGGCGAAAUCCCCAUGGAAAUUGGUGAGCUCAACUCACUCUAUCUUCUCAACUUAUCUCACAAUGCUCUCAGCGGUCGAAUCCCAAAGUCAUUUGGCAAGUUGAGUGAAGUCGAGUCGUUAGACUUGUCAACAAACAAAUUGGAUGGAGAAAUCCAAAGUGAAUUGAUAGGGUUGACAUUUCUUGCGAAAUUGAACCUUUCAAUGAACAAUCUUGUUGGAGAAAUACCGCGAUCUAAUCAGUUCUCCACAUUUGAGAAUGAUUCAUAUAUGGGAAACUUGGGAUUGUGUGGACUUCCGUUGAUAAGAAAAUGCAAAGAUGAUAAUGGAGAAUCGAUGCAGCCUGCUGAACAAGAAGAUGAUGAAGAUGAAUUCAUAGAUGGAUUUGGUUGGAGAAGUGUGGUGAUGGGGUAUGGAAGUGGAUUCGUAGUUGGGAUUGGAAUUGGAUACAUGAUUAUAAGGAGUGGUAGGCCAACAUGUUGA